CAACAAACCUAAUUUAUAAUGAAAGCUUAUGUAUAUAAGUAUUAAAAUUGCGUCAAUCAAGAGAAAAAAAUCACCGCCGCCUUUAACGACAUUGACGCUAAUUAGUUCCAAUCAACGAGAGCAACAAAAGGAACAGCUUAAAGAACUUCAACAAGUUCAGCUCUCACAAAUAAAUCAACCGUUAAUAGAAGUUCAAGCAACAGAUACGCUACAAGAAGCUUCUACAGUAACGACAACGACAACAGCAACAGCGGCGGCGGCACCCGAGGAACCAAACUCUGCAGAAAUAUCUAGAAAUUCAACAGCCACUAAAACAACGAAAGAUAGUCCAUUAACACAUCUUAAGGCUUACGCCUCGGUCAGCGUCGAUAACAACUUGCCGGCCUUAGUAACGUCUACGCCACCAACAACGCAAUCAGCGAAUCCAAAAAUUUUUGCCAAGCCAACUACAACAAUAGCAGUGCUAAAGACAAGACCUACUAAAACUAAUUUCACCACGUCGUCGUCCACAUCGCCAUUGCACUCGUGCUCCAGUACUUCCUCUUCACUAAUUGCGCAGCCGCCACCAAGCAAAAUACUUAAAACGGAUCACCUGUGUGUAAGCACCGCUGCCACCGCUGCCACUCCAGCCCCUGGUCUGCCAACUAUCGCUGCCGCCUCUGCUGUUAGGCAUCCCUGUAUAUAUUGUGUGAUACCGGUGCCAGUGAACUCAUCUAGUGCUGGUAGCAUCGCGUCAGCCGUUACACUCAAAGGGGCCAUUCCACAGCAUUCACCGGCUAUGACUAGUCCAGCUGCUGCUGCUGCUGCUGGCGCGGCACUAGCAGCAGGUGCACCCUAUCGUGGGGCCACAAGUUGGACACCUCAAGGCUAUGCACCAGCAGCUGCCGCAGCUGCUGCUGCAGUUGCUCAACAAACCUAUCGUUAUACAACUCCAUUGCCUCAACCAGCAUAUGCAGCAUAUACGCCGCACACGGCUAAUACGCCUAGCACAACAACAGCAUACCAGUGGGUUAAUCCGCUCAACACUUUGGAGUACGGCCAACGUGUACCAACUGCAGCUUCACCCAGCAAUACCAACUCUAGCAGUUCAUCGAAUACGGGCUCCCAGAGCGGUACACUGAGCACCAGUCUAAGCAACACGACAAACACAAACACCACAAUGGGUCCUAACGGAACGGCACAGAAUCAAAAUCAACAGGGCGGCGAGCAACUGUCGAAGACAAACCUCUAUAUUAGAGGUCUCCAACAAGGGACAACGGAUAAGGAUUUAGUGAAUAUGUGUGCACAAUACGGAACAAUUAUAUCAACCAAGGCUAUUUUAGAUAAAACAACAAACAAAUGUAAAGGUUAUGGCUUCGUCGAUUUCGAGCAGCCAGCCUAUGCUGAGGGCGCCGUCAAGGGACUGCAGGCGAAGGGAGUGCAAGCUCAGAUGGCCAAAGUGGGUAUCUGGGUGCUUCAUAGGCCGGCCAUUCAACAGGAACAGGAUCCCACUAAUUUGUAUAUAGCAAAUUUGCCCCCUCACUUUAAGGAAACUGAUUUGGAGGCCAUGUUAGCGAAAUAUGGUCAAGUUGUUUCCACUAGAAUAUUGCGUGAUCAGCAAAUGAAUUCAAAGGGCGUUGGUUUUGCCCGUAUGGAAAGUCGUGAGAAAUGUGAACAAAUUAUUCAGAUGUUUAAUGGUAAUACAAUACCAGGUGCCAAAGAUCCGUUGUUAGUGAAAUUCGCCGAUGGCGGUCCCAAAAAGAAGAAUCUCUUUAAAACACCUGAUCCGAAUGCGCGCGCGUGGCGUGAUGUUUCUGCGGAGGGAAUACCCGUCGCUUACGAUCCAACAAUGCAACAAAAUGGUGUCAGUGUCAAUGUCGGUACACCUAUUGGAGUGCCAUACUCUCGUUUUGGGGCCCCUCAAGUCGGAGGCUAUCCAGUGGCUGGUUCGCAGUGGAUACCCGGCUAUAUGAUGACUCAGCCUAUCACUCAAGUUGAUGAUCAGUAUUCAACGUCUGCUUUGCAGUAUAUGCAAAUGGCUGCUGCUCCACAAUUGGGUGUUACGUCAUACAAACCGGAGGCUGUAAAUCAGGUGCAGCCACGCGGUAUAUCAAUGAUGGUCAGUGGCGAAACGGCUGUGCCAUAUGGAACAAUGAUGCCACAACUGGCAACUCUGCAGAUUGGAAACUCUAAUUUUUCUCCAUCGUUACAGUAUAUUAGUCCAACUUAUCCAUAUUAUGCACCACCAACUAUUAUACCAACAAUGCCAAUGACAGAUUCCGAACAGGCUAGCACAGCUGCAUCACCCGACGAGGCAUACACACAGUAUGCACAUCAAGCUGCUCCCAAAUAGGUCUUCGCGAGUAUAGUUACUAAGCAGCAUAAAUACUGGUAAUAAAUACUAGUUUUUUGUUUAAUUUUAGAUAUAAUAUUUAAGUACCAAGUUUGUGUACUAUGUAAUAAAAUCAUUGGAGCAACAUUAACAACUACAAUAAAUAACAACAAAUUUAAUAACAAGAAUGGCUGUGGGAGAAAGCAUAAACAACAACAGAAGCAGCAGACUUAAAAUUCAUUGGUAAACUUAAGAGAACAACAAAAGUCAAAAGAAAUGGUGCUGUUUAGUAAACACAAUGUUUACGAUUGAAGGAAGCAAGAGAGAGAACCAAGAGUUAUAUUUAAUGGAACCGAUAAAUAAUUAUGUUUGAGAGAAAGCGUUAAAAAGUAAUGGAAUGCAAAGACUAAAUUAAAAUAAUACAAGUAGUAAUAAUAAAAUGGCUUAACAACAGUAAUGAAAGGUAGUAAAUGAAAUCAGAACCAUAAAAAAUACCAAAAUUGUCGAUGAAAAAAAGAGAACACCAGAACAGGACUAACUACAUUAUUUAGCAAACCAAACAUUUGAAGCAGCAGUUUGCUAACAAAAAUUUAUAUGUUAAGACAUUUAUCUAAGGAAAUCCACAACAAAAAUACUUGCAUUCAAAUGAAACAGAGCAAGAUGAAAAAAAGGUCAAAGUUAUGCAAACAAACAAUUGUAAUUGUUAAAACAAACGAAUUAAAAAAAUUGCUUCUUUGACGGAAGAAAACUUGUGCAAUGUAUGGUAAAAUUAAUAAAAACGCAAGCUAAUAAAAAUUUGCAUAAUAUACAAAAAUAUAUAUUAUCCAAUAUUAAAUGAAGAAAGAGAGCAGUUAAUUUUUACAAAGCGGCGACAUCAUUGUUAUUAUUGUCAUCUGAAAAAAAUCUUAAGAAAAAGAAAAAACUGUUAUAAAAAAAUAUUUUUUUUUGUUUGUAUUUUUAUUUUUAUUGUAACUUUUUUAUUAUACUUGAGAUACGAAAUUGUUAUCGAAAGAAAACAUAACAUUUCAGUUUAAAUAUUGUAGAUUUUUAUAAACUGUAAGCAAGCACAAACGAUAUACGAAAAGAAGUAAAGCGUUUAGCUAAGCAAAAGAUCUAAAUUUUCAUAAUUUUCAGCCAAUUGUAUAAAGAACUUGAUAACCCCAAAAUUAGGACUUUACGAAUUAAUGAACUGUUUUUGUUAUUUGCUUUUGCCUUUGCUUUGUACUACGAAACUUAUUAAACAUCAGACAGAAAAAAUCCUUAAGGCGGAUAACCCUAGGCUUAAGGACUAGCAAAAAUGCAGUAAAACAAAAUAAGUACAGUAGUUUUAGAAAUAAAGAAAAAACAUAAUAUUAACAAUAAAAAGAUGUGAAUGUUGAAGUGAGAAUGAAAACAAAUCUUGUAAUAGUUUUUAAGCAUGUUUUUGUGCUCAUCAGUCGAUUUAAAAAAUUUUUUGUAGCUGUCUACAGUUUUUCGUUGAACUAUAUGUUUCUAGUAAUUAUAUAAGUACAUACAUAUAUAAACGGAUAGAUAAGAAUUGCAUUACCAAGAAAAUGGUAAAAGCAUAGCAUAUUUUUUCUGAAAAAAAUAAAUAGAUUAGCAAUGAUGACAUUAGCAAUGAUAUUGUUAGAAAGAGGAAUAUAAAUAUAAUGAAAGUGAAAACCUGAAGUCAGACAAUGAGGCUUAAAUAAAAUAAUUUUGAAGGAAUAAUACAAAAACAGAACAUGAUAAAUAAUUAAACUUUUCAACAAACAGAAUGUAGAACAUUUUUCUGAUCGAAUGAAAACAUAAAAUUAAAAUGCCCAAAUGAAAAUAAAAAUUUAAAUGUUUAAAAAUAUGAAAAGGAAACAUAUGAUUAGAAAAUUAGAAAUAAGAAGUAAUGAAAAAUAUUGAAAGAAGUACAUCAGCGAUGAUAUACCAGGUAUCUAAUUAUAAGUCUAUAGUAUUCAAUGAGUUAAUAGUUAAAUCUAAAAAGAGACAGAAAGCACUGUGUUUAAAAUGAAAGCCUAGUAUAUAUUUAUUUAUUUCAAAUUGAGGUUCUCACACCACGUCUAAUUAUGCAUUGUAUUUGUGAUUUUAUUGAAUGGAAUAUUGAUGAAUAUAUUGUGUGCUUAUGGGAUUUCAGGGGAAAUAUGAAUUUGGAUAAAUGAAAGGAUAUUUGUAUUUAUUCAAUUGAUAUUCAAACAGUCAAAAUAAGGAAACAAUUUCACACAGGCGAGAUCCUCUCAAACUCAUAUGCCACUUUCACUUAAAAAAAUAAACAUUCCUGACAAAGUCUUUGAUUUUCAUAUAUUCGAUUAUGUUAUUUAUGUUACAUACAUAUAUGAUUCUAGUUAAAAGCUUGACAUUUAAAAGCCGUUUCAAACAAUCUAUGAAUAACAUAAAAAUACCAAAUGAAAACAGAACGCCAAAAGUCUUCCUAAGCCUAAACCAAAACAAAAGUGGAGUGUAUGUUUUCUUAUGAAAUGCAAAAUCUUAUGGUUUAUUAUGAUGAACUUUAAUUUUUUAAGUCUAAAGUAAUGUAAUUUUGUUUAGACUGAAUAGCAAUUGAAACAAUAAAAGAUUUAAAAUACAUCGCAAAAUUCAGAUGCACAAUAUAAAAACAAACUUAGCUCCUACAACGAUUUACUCAAACGAGCGUUAGAGUAAGAAGUUAGCCGAAACCCGCAAAAAGAGGCAAAGAUUUUUGCAAACAUUCCAAAUGCAUAGAAAAAAAGAAUAAAUACCCAUAAAUAUUUGAAAUCAAGAGACGCCUCUACAGGGAAACUAACAAAAGGAAAAAAUGACAAAAUCACAAAUACAAAAAGUUUGUAAAUUAUUAUUUUAUAAUCCUACAAUACUUCUCACACCCUUCCAUGCUCUAUAAAUCUUCAAAGAGUGCAAUUUAAAAUUUUUAUUAUUUACCAUUGUCUUUACAACUUGCUAAUACAGCAUAAUCAAGAUUUUCAACUGUUUUAGGCAGAAACACGUUAAAUCUUAAAUUAUUGCAAACGAUCGGAAAGUAGAAAUGAAAACUAAAAUUAAAAGUUAAAUGCAAGAGUUUAUAAUGCUAGUUAUAAGAAAAAAUGGAGCAUACUAGACUAGACGCCGUCGAAAUUCAUACUUAUAUGUUGGAGAGCAUAAGAAAUAUGGAAGCGUAGAUUGUGGAAUAGUUAAAGUAGUAGAAGAGAUAUAAACUAAUAUUUAGAGACUAAGAUCAAAGUACUAGAAAUUAAGUAAUUAAGUAAGUACAUAUUAACAAGAAGCGUUGCAAAAGUUAAAGCGGGGAAUAUAUGAAAUAGAAGACAUGUUUUAUAAUUGGUAGUAACGUUUAUGCGUUCGAAUCAAUGACAAGAAUGUAAAUUCAAUGUCAAACAAAUAAUAGAAAUUUGUAGUUUUUCUGUAGUUAGAACGGGAGCAGAAUACGCACGCUAUAAACCUCGGAUUAGUUUUAAAAUUAAAAAUGCAGUCGAUUUCGUAUCGAUUGGGAAUUAGGCCAACAGAAAGAAAUUGUUGCAAAUUUUUUUUUAUUAUUUAACUCUAUGCAUAAAUGUUUGUUUUUCGUCUGAAUUUUGUUUUAGUUGCGUUUAAUAUGAUUACUUUAGUUUUUUAACUAAUUUUAAGUAGUUAAUUUAUUAUUUGACUUUUAAGAAAAUUUAAAAAACAACCAGAUAAAAUACAAAAAAUUGCAUAUUUGAGAUACACAACGCAACAUAAAUUUAAUUAAAAAUUUAUUAAUCACUUGAAAGAAAUUGUUAAGUCUACUUUUAGUUUGUAUUGCAAGAAUUAAGACUAAAUAAAAAACUCAAUGAAGAGCGCAAUUCAACUCUUGGUUUUUGUUUUUGGCUUUUAGGUUAAUAUGAAUUAACAUUUAUUUUUGGUUUCCUAAUUUUAUAUUUUUUAGAUUUGAAGUUUUUAUGUAAUCAGCUUACACCAAAUAGUUACGAACUAAAUUCUAAAUUAAUUGUAUUGCGUUUUAAACAAAGGUCAGAUGUAGUUAUAAAAAGUGUCAGGAAAAAGUAAAAUGGAAAUUCAUAAUAAAAAAAAAACAUUUUUUAAUAAGGCCAAUCUAAGAAAAUAAUAAAUAUAAUACAUAUAUAUUUUUUUGAAACUUUUUGAGAAAAACGUAAUAAAUGAGAAAAAAAUUAAUAGGAAACCAGAAUAUAUCCAAAAUUAAAAGUGCUAAUGAUGGAGGAUCUAAAUAAUUCAACAUGCUAGGCAAAUCAAUCGAUGAUCCGAAUGAUGUCAUUCCAAUGCAAUGAAGGUAAUAAUGAUUCAAGAAAUAUGCUCAUUAUGUUAAACAAACGAACAGAAACAAGAACAAAGCGAAACAUAAUAUAGGUGUAAGUAAUUUCUAAAGCUAGCAAAUGAAAAGCAGCUAUUAACAUUUAGAUACAAAAAAUAAACAAAAUUAUAGAAAAGAAAAAAAAUUUAAAAAUAAUCAGUGGUCAGCCGGGCGCAAAGUAAUGUACAUUUCGCUUGUUGCUAUUUUUAAGUUUUAAAUCAAAGUCUUUUAAAGAUCUUUAUUAAUUUUCUUGUAAGCAAGCGAUAGAACCGCGUUAAGUGCUAAUUAAGUAUAUCUGUCUUUGUAACUCUCCGCUAAAACCCUUUGAAAUCUCUAUGUAUUUUUUAAUCUAUAAUUUUUGCAUCAUUGAGAAGCUUUGCAGCAUUUUUUAUAUGCAUAUGAAAAGAAUUGAAUUAAAAACUAGCAAAAUCAGAACAAAGAAACAUAAAUUAUGAGGUUAAGAAAAAAUGCAACCACUUUGCUAAAACUUUCAAAUUUACAUGCGUACGUUUUGUGCGCUCAACUUUAAUGCUACAAAUCAUAAAUUAAUGAUAUGGAGCUGAGGAGAUAAAUAAAAAUGAUGAUUUAAUGAAAAAUUAAAAAAAA